GCUCAUUCAGAGAAUAAAUACCCUGGAGCAUCCCAGAAGAUGCCAACGAAGAUGGUGGCAAUUGACUGUGAGAUGGUGGGCACAGGACCCAAGGGGCAUGUCAGUUCCUUGGCUCGACGUAGCAUUGUCAGCUACAGUGGAGAUGUGCUUUAUGAUGAGUACAUCCUUCCCCCCUGCCACAUUGUGGACUACUGGACCAGAUGGAGCAGUAUCCGGAAGCAGCACAUGGUGAAUGCUACACCCUUCAAGAUUGCUCGGAGCCAGAUCUUGAAGAUUCUCACAGGGAAGAUAGUGGUGGGGCAUGCCAUCCACAACGACUUCAAAGCCCUUCAGUAUUUUCACCCUAAGUCCCUCACCCAAGACACCUCCCAUAUCCCCCUCCUCAACCCUAAGGCCGACUGGCCAGAGAAUGCCACGUCUCUGAAGCAUCUCACCAAGAAGCUGCUGAGCCAGGACAUCCAGGUUGGGAAAAGCAGACACUCCUCUGUGGAAUAUGCUCAGGCCACCAUGGAGCUGUACAAGUUGGUUGAAGUUGAGCGGGAACAGCACCUGGCCCAGAAUCCCCCAAAAGAUUAGUGCCAGUGGGGACACUGGUGAGGUGGGGAGGCAGAGGCAGCACCACACCCAGGAGAACAGGGCAGUAGACCAGUGGACAGCUCUACCAGCUCUACACCUUUGGAAACUAGAGUUGUUGGGGAGAGUGAGGCUCCACCCCAGACUUAAUAUCCAUUAAAAUUUCACCUCAGGUGUUGUUAAGUGUUCCAUGGAAGGAGGAAGGCUCCAUGUUAGAACCCAGCCCUAUAGGCUGUUUACCUCUUAAAUGGUGCUAACCAUGGGUCCCAGGGUGCUUUGCUCCUGGGAAAGCCUUUUGACUUUCAAGGGGCAGGGCAUGCUGGGAAGUGUAGUUUCCCAAACUGCCUUUUCACUAGGGUGACCAUAUGUCUCAUUUUAUGCCUUUUGUUCUCAAGUAAUUAGCAGCACCGUGUUGAACUUUCCAAAAGUAUCCUGUUGGAUGAUAACUUUAUGAUCACAGUUCAUCUCUCAGACUUUUUUUGCCUGAGAGUCUACAUCCAGUCUGUGUCGGGAUAUCACUUGUUCUUUCCACCUUGACUUCCAGAGGAGCCAUCCCUGGUGAGGUUUAGUUCUUAGGGAUACAAGGCAGUAGAGGUAAGACAGUGGGACUUGGAAAUCAAUUUUUCUGAUUUAGGAAAGCAGCCUCUUUCCUAAAGUGGUAGAGGAUUUAUUUAAUUUAGACCCCACUUGGUAGGUUAAAGAAGAAUUCAAAGUGUUUUAAUGGUUUUUAGUCUUUUGCUAAACCAAGCCUCUUAAAA